AUGCACGCUCGCCACCCGUGGGCACUAGCUGCCACGCGAACCGCGGCCCAGCAGCAGCAGCAGCACGACCCGGCAGCCCCGACCGCCGUCGAGCAGCAACCAUCCGCCGGACCUUCUCAGCGCAACUCGCCGAGCAUGGCCAGCCUGCCCGCCCCGCAGCGCGCAGACGGUGGGCCUGACAACCAGCACGGCUCGUGGGCCUCGUACAGCAGCGCCUUCCACCGCGGCGACGACCCGUCCGAGCCUCAGCAGCACCAGUUCAGCUACCCUGGCCACCCCAACCUCCCUCAGCUCGCGAUACCGCCAACCUCGUCUGGUCGCCGAGGUUCCGUCUUCCACCACCCGUCCGCGUCACCCUCCCCCUUCGAGCCAACUCGCCCGUACCCGCACUCGACGCCGCACUCGACCUCGCACCCGCUCAACGGCGGCCUCGCCGCCGCGUCGGCCCACCCCGACGAGGGCGGAAACCUCUCGCGCAAGCGGUCGUGGGCCGAGACGGUCGACGGCGCGGGCCGGGCGGCAGACGAGCACGCGCGCUCGAGGCCACAUCCCGGUCUGCAGUCGAGCGGGUCGACGGCAGCAGGCGGCGGCGGCGGCGGUGACGAGCGGCACUACCUGCAGCACGGCGCAGGCGGGUUUGAGAGAGGAGCAGGCGAGGUGCCGCCGUCGCCGCUCAGCGCGGGCAGCUACGCGCCGCAGCAGCACGCGGCGUUCUUCGGCGCGCCGAGUGACGCGCAGACGUUCUCGCCGUCGACGCUCGCCCCGCCGUCGUACACGGCCUACCGCCGCGGGUCGAUGUCGCUCGCGCCCAACAUGCAGCCGCUCUACUCGCCCAAUCGAGCGGCGCACAACGGCUCACCGUCGAACGGCUACGCCGGCAGCCCUUCCUCGGCCGGCCCCGUCCCGUCGCCCCUGUCGCACCCCGACUCUCGCCUCCCCCACUUCUCGCCGCAACCUCCUCCUCCCUCGCUCGCCCAGUACGCGCAAGAGCAACGCGAGGCGUACGCCGCCUCGCUGCCGACGUCGUCGACGCCGGGACCAAACUGGGCGCCGCAGCGCACCUACUCGUUCGACGGGCCGUCGGCCCACUCGCUGCCGUACCGUCCGGCGACGAGCGCGAGCCUCGUCCCGCCGCACGCCACCACCGCCCCAACCGACUUUUCGUCCUACUCGCCCGGCCCCUCCAUGUCGUCUCGCCCCUCGUACCCGAGCGGCGCCCCCUUCUCGUACUCGGCCCAGUCGCCCGUUCCGCCCUCGACCGCGCGCCCGGCCACCGGCCAGGCCAUGUCCUUCCUCGAGUCGCCGUCCUACCCGGUCGGCCAGCAGCCGAGGCCGGCCACGACGUCGUCGGUCCCGUCGCUCGGCCUGUCGAUGCAGGCGCCGCACUCGCACUUUGACCCGUACCGGCACACGCCGCAGCCGACGGCCUACUCGGCUGGCCCUCCCCCAGGCGCGUUCGACUCGCCCUCGUCCCUCCCUCCUCCACCUGUGCCCUACCCGUACGCCCCGUCGUCGGCCUCGCGCUCGGCGAGCUUCGACGCCGCGUCGCACCCGUCGUCGCAGACGAGCAAGCCUCCCUCGCCGCCGCCGACCAUCUUCCCCGAGACGGUCCCGCAGCUCCAGCUCGCGUCGAGCGCACGCGCGAUCCACCGCUCGGCGGCGCCGAUCCUCGCCUACAACCCGGCGCGCGAGCCGGCGUCGACGGGCAAGCAGCUCGUCCAGUCGUCGUUCGGCGUCACGUACGCCGUCGCGUCGUCGGGCCACUCGAAGGGCAAGGCCAAGAGCGCCGAGGUUGGCGCCGUGUGCUACACGUGCGGGCAGCACCGCGCCAAGGUCAUCUGCCGCGGCAGCGACCUGAGCGGAUGGGCGCCCCGCCUCAGCUACUCGUGCCUCGACUGCCUCCCGCUCGACGAGCAGCCGCCCGCCGAGGACGACGCCGACGCUCGUCGCGAGCGCCUCGCCGACCGCGCGUUCGAGGCCGACUGCGCCGCCGAGGCCGGGCCCUCGGAGCGGUCGCCGACCGGCAGCGCGACGAGCGCCGCGACGACGGGCAGCGCGCUCCUCUCGACGCUCCCCGGCCCGUCCGAGCACGACCGCGCGACGUUCAAGGACUCGUUCUCGGGCGCCGUCGACUUUAUCGAGGGCGCGCCGGCGCACAGCCACUCGGCGUCGUCGGCCCUUGGCGGCGUCGGCGCCGGCGUCACCGGCGCCGAGUCGUCGCGGCUCACGCUCCCGCCCGAGGAGACGAGUCGCGGCCUGCCUGCGCACCUCAAGCGCCAGGCCCUCACGUGCGACGUGUGCGACCGCACGAUCGGCGCCGGCAGCAUCACGUCGCUCACGGAGGGUCCGCCGCCGGCGUUCACGGUCGAGGUCAUCUGCAACGCCUGCGCCGAGAAGUACAAGCCCUGCUCGGACUGUGGAGGAGGAGGAGGCAGGUUGACGCCUGGGCGGUGGAGGUGCAAGGAGCUCUUCCCCGCCGGUCGGCGCACCUGCACGCUCAGCCACGCUCGCAACCCGCCCCUGAGCGACAUCGACUACGACGUCCUGCGCAUCACCGAGAUCGACCCGCACAAGCUGCACGCCCUCGAGGCGCGGUGCCGCCUCGUCUACUUCAACACGCGCAUGCGCACCCAGGCGCGCCCCGAGAUGCUCGAGCGCGGCGACGGCCUCGCGACCACGUUCGGUCAGUGCGAGAAGCUUGUCGUCGACGGGUGGAGCCUCCUGAGCCCGCUCAUGAGCGUCGACGUCGAGGCGUCGCGCGGCAUUCGGCGCUACGUCGCCGUCCAGACGAGUACGCCGCACCGCAGGAGGGCCAAGCCCAAGCCGGGUGCGGCGCCGAGGCCCGAGCCCGAGAUCGAGGACCCGCUCGAGAAGGAGGUGUCGGGCUUCCUCAUCGUCGAGCACGAUCUCAAGAACGGCGCCACCUUCAUCGCCGUCACCAUGCCCUGGGCCAUCUCGGGCGACGCGUUCGACGCUACGACGAUCCUGCUCGACGAGACGGUCAAGCGCAUCCGGACCGACCUGCGCCACGACAACGCCGUGCGGCAUGAGCACGGCGAGGCGCCAUACCCCGAGCCCUGGUGCAUGUGGGGCGUCACGCCGUUCAAGGCCGACUCGCGCAUGACGCAGAGCCUGAGCCGCAGGAGUUUCGUCUUCCUCGAGGACUACCUGCGCGACAAGCCCGACACGGACCUGAGCAUCUUCCCGCCGACGCGCGAGAUCCACAUCCCGAACGAGUUCGUCAAGACGUUCAAGAUCUUCCUGCGCGACAUGACCGAGGACGACGGCAGCGGCCAGCCUGCGUCGACGACCGGCAGCGGCGCCGGCGGCAAGAAGCAGCCGAGGCAGCGUGCGCGCAAGCUCAAGCAAGCCAAGUAGCGCGCCCGGUCGACACUCGCCUGAUCCUCGACCCUCGCACCCUCGCCGCUCGCCUGACUCGUCCUCUUUCGUCGGCCACGUCGCCUCCUCGACCUCGCCCUCGCCCACAUGUCCUCCUUCGCCACCACGACCCUCGGUUG